AUGUCUGGCCCUACAUCUCGCCUGAGGAAUACAUAUCCUCACACACACCACAUUCACACCCUCUCUCCUACCUUCUUCCUCCCCCGGGCUGCAGCCAUCGAACCCCACGCCGAGGCCAUCGUCCACAUCACCACCAACGGUGCCACCCUCCGCCGCAGCUACGAGGAAUUUGCCGACCGCGCCCGUGGCCUGGCGUACUAUCUCAAGACCCACGGCCACAAGAGAGUCGGCGUGCUCAUGACAAACACCCCGGCCUUCCUCGAGAGCAUCUAUGGCGUCGCUGCCGGAGGGGCUGUCCUCGUGCCGGUGAACUACCGCCUCAAAGAGGACGACAUCAGCUACAUCUUUGAGUUUGCAGAGGUGGACAUCAUCCUGGCCGACUGGGAAUUUGAGGGACUACUGGAUUCCUUCAGGAAAUCGAAUCCAGGGGUCAAAAUUGUCGUGGAUACGGAUACCGAUGCAACAGAAGGCGAACUGUGUGGAGCGUUUGACGAAAUCAUUCUGGAAGGCCUGACCUACGACCGAAAUGCCGGGAGCAAAGGCUGGGCCGACCUCGAAGCACAGGCCGAGGACGAGGACGACAUGCUGGCGAUUCCCUUCACGUCCGGCACAACCUCCCGGCCCAAAGGCGUGGUAUAUACCCACCGAGGCGCAUAUCUGGCUGCUAUGGGUAACGUGAUCGAGAGCGGGCUGAACACGCGCGAAGGACGCUGCAAGUACCUGUGGACUCUGCCCAUGUUCCACGCCAUGGGCUGGACGUUUCCCUGGUCCACCGUCGCCGUCAGGGGCACCAACAUCUGUCUGCGCAAGAUCGACUACCCACUGCUCUGGCGCCUGCUCAAAGAGGAGAAAGUAACACAUUUCAACGCGGCACCCACAGUGAACACCCUCCUCUGCGCCGACGCCCACGCCGAGCGGCUGAAACACCCUUGCCAGGUCACCGUGGCCGCGUCCCCGCCGACGGGCCACCUCUUUGAGCAAAUGACCAACCUCAACCUGCAACCCGUGCACGUUUAUGGUAUGACGGAGACAUAUGGCCCCAUAACCAAAGGCUAUAUUAUGCCCGAAUGGGACGACCUCGACCCCAAGGAAAAGUACAGCCGCAUGGCGCGGCAAGGCCACGGGUUUGUAACCAGCCUGCCUGUGCGCGUGGUCAAGUCAGAUCAGCCUGAGGGGGUGCUUGUGGACGUGGCCAAGGAUGGCAAGGAGAUUGGUGAGAUUGUCUUCUUUGGGAACAUUUGUGCCAAGGGGUACUUUAAGGAUCCUGAGGCGACGAGAAAGCUGUUUGCCGGUGGGGGUCUGCACUCGGGCGAUCUGGCCGUCUGCCAUCCGGACGGCAGCAUCCAGAUUUUGGACAGGGCCAAGGAUAUUAUUAUCUCUGGCGGCGAGAAUAUCUCCUCAGUGGCCCUGGAGAGCGCCCUCGUCAAACACCCAGACAUCCUCGAGGCGGGCGUGGUGGCCGUCGCCGAUUCCCACUGGGGCGAGCGGCCCAAGGCGUACGUGACCGUCAAGCAGGGCAAGUCCGUGACGGGGAAGGACAUUGUGGACUGGGCCAAGCAGCAGAGCCAAAUCUCGAGGUUUAUGGUCCCGAGGGAGGUCGAGGUCAUCGGAGAGCUGCCCAAGACCAGUACUGGCAAGAUUCGCAAGAAUGUUUUGCGGGAGUGGGCCAAGCAUGGACAGCACAGGGAGGAGGCGUGA